ACUUAGUGCUUCCCUCUAUUAAAGAAGGAUCGCAGGAUAUUGGUGCGGGUAGCACUGAGAACAUAUGAGCCGCCACUCUUCUCUUAGGAAACGCAACCAACUCCUCACAUCACGGAGGACCAGCAUGAAUGUUAACUCUGCUGGUGGGACAGGCUGGUCAAGAAACCUGGAGUCCAGUUGCUCUGUGGAAAACGUAACUGUAGCAGUCCAUGAGUCAGAAGAAAGUAAUGUGGUGCUAGGAGGUCACAGCCCUGCUGCAGUUCCCAGGACUGAGGGUUUAGAUUCUGAGUGCCGGCACACUGCUUGUCCCGUAAGUCCCCAGAUCAGUAGCAUGUUGUGUCUUCCUGAAGACACACACAACUGUCACUUCCAAGAUGGAAAUAAGAGACAGUCAGAAUAUUUUAAUACCCAGGAACGCCAUGGAUGCUGCGCUUUGCCUUCAAGCAGCAAUUCACAAACAGUGGCUCCAGAGAAAGUGACGCUUGUGGUAGAUGGCACUCGCUUUGCAGUGAAUCCACAGAUUUUCACUGCUCACCCUGAUACUAUGCUGGGAAGAAUGUUUGGACCAGGAAGAGAAUAUAAUUUCACCAGGCCAAAUGAAAAGGGAGAAUAUGAAAUCGCAGAAGGAAUUAGCUCAGCUGUGUUCCGAACUGUGCUGGAUUAUUACAAAACCGGAAUCAUUAACUGCCCUGAUGGGAUUUCCAUCCCAGACCUUCGAGACACAUGUGAUUACCUCUGCAUAAACUUUGAUUUCAACACAAUCAAAUGUCAAGAUUUAAGUGCUCUGUUACAUGAGCUCUCCAAUGAUGGUGCUCACAAACAGUUUGACAGCUACCUGGAGGAGCUAAUUCUGCCUAUAAUGGUGGAUAGCGCAAGGAAAGGGGAACGUGAAUGCCAUAUUGUCGUGCUGACAGAUGAAGACACCGUGGACUGGGAUGAAGAUCAUCCACCUCCAAUGGGAGAGGAGUACUCACAAAUCCUUUACAGUUCCAAGCUGUACAGAUUCUUCAAGUACAUUGAGAACCGUGAUGUUGCAAAAGCUGUAUUAAAGGAACGGGGCCUGAAAAAUAUUCGCAUUGGCAUUGAAGGCUAUCCCACCUGUAAAGAGAAGGUGAAGAGGAGGCCUGGUGGCCGGUCAGAAGUGAUAUACAACUACGUUCAACGUCCAUUCAUCCAGAUGUCAUGGGAAAAGGAAGAGGGCAAAAGCCGUCAUGUUGAUUUCCAGUGUGUUCGGAGCAAAUCUCUAACAAACCUAGUCACUGUGGGUGAUGACGUUUCAGAGGACCAUGAGGUUAUAAUGCAUCACCCCCCACAAGUAGAUGAACUUGACAGGCUGAAUGCACCAUUCUCCCAAAUGGCUGUUAACGAUCUACCAGAUUAGCCGCGGCUCAGGGUUGGAUAGUCCUGCUUGAUGUGGGAACAUCUCAGCAUAGUUUCAUCCCAGGUGAUGGAACAUAGACUCCUGCAAGGUGCUUUAUCCUCGUUCAUGCUCUUACUACAUUGUCGUAUUUCAGGCAUGUUAAUAGAGAGCCACACUCCAUAGUCUAAUUGUGCAAUCAAAAGCAAAGUCUCCUCAAA